AUCAUUGAUAUAUUGUUAUUAUUAUUAUUAUUAUUAUUAUUAUUAUUAUUAUUAUUAUUAUUAUUAUUAUUAUUUAUGUUAAUGGUACGAAUUACUGUCCCACUUGUUUAGCUUUCACUAUCACCUAGAAUCAUCCCUUUAAAGCAUCAUUAUUGUCAUCGGUAAUCAUCGCGAAAGCGUUGUCAAUUGUAGACAACUUAACAGCCUUUUAAAUGAAAGAUCAAACUUCUCAUGCUUCUAUUUUAUAUCACCGUGAAGAGUUGUAUAAGGCGACGUUUUAAAAUUAAGAUUAUGCACACCACAACAUCUUGUAUUUUAAUUCGAGUAAUAUAAAGAUGUAACAUGUAUGUCUACCAUCUCUCUAGUGUCUCUUCAAAACCGAACACAUGCUCCCUGCUGUUAGAAAAGAUAAAAAAGAAAAGAUAGAAAGAAAAAAAGAAAAAAAAAAAAAGAAGAAAAAACUAUUAAUUGACGAAGAAAUUUAUAAAAGCAAUUAUAUAUAUAUAUAUAUUGAUGAAUUCAUAUGAUCGUUUCUAAUAAGAAGUAUAUAUGUAUGCGGAGGAGCACGUGUGUCCUCGUCAAGUUCAUUAUUGCAUAGUUUUAUUUAUUAAUUGUUUGUUCUUUUUAUUUAUUUAUUUAUUUAUUUAUUUUGUAUCAUUGCACCAAUUACAUUCUAAUUAAGCCCUUUAUCACAUAGAAUUUUUAAUGUACUAGAUACUUAAGAGUCUCUUUGUAAAGGAAUGUACAAAAAAAUAAGUGCGCACGUAUGUCCGCUGCCGCCGCCGCCGCGUGUAUGAUACAUAUAUCGAAAAAAAUAUUUUCAUUGUUUCGUUUUAAAUAAUAUUUAAAAAUUUUUAUUUUCUAUCGUUUCGAAAUAAUGAGCGACGUAUUCUUUACGACGUUUACGUCGUAUCUUUUAAUUAAAUAUUCUAUCUUAGGAAAAAUAAUAAUUAAGCGUAUAUUACUUAUCGAUCGUACUCUACGUUUGCAAAUGUAAAUUAAAGGAUAAAAUGUUUAUAGAAUGUCAUCGCUAGGAGUCGCUGUUAAUACAUUUUAGUCUUCGAUGAUGGCGCUACGAUCGCAAUUAAAUUCAAAUUACUCGUGCUUCAUACCACACGAUGUUUCUUACUUUAAGAUGAUGUUAAAACGCGUUUACACGUGAUUCUUAUAUCUUAUUUAUUUAACAAAAAUGUUAAAUAUAUAUAUACAUAUAGAUAUAUAUAUAAAUAUAUCUCGUGUAUUUAGACAAGCAUAAUAUUUAAUGCGAUGUAGCAUUUUUAUUAGGAAAUAUUUCUAUAAAAACAUAACCUCUACCCAUUAGUUAUUAUGUUCCGUAAACACAUAUACAAAGUUUUAAGUGUGUUAGGAGUUACAUUACAGUAUGCAUGCAUCACACACUGUGCGUUUGAGUAUAUCGGAGAGUUUGUAGUGUGUUCAGGUCCAUCUAUGGAGCCAACGAUACAUAGCAAAGAUAUAUUAAUUACAGAGCAUAUAAGUACAAGAUUAAGAUGGUAUAAGAAAGGUGAUAUAAUCAUUUCCAUAUGUCCUUCCAAUCCUAGACAACAUAUUUGUAAGAGACUUGUAGGUUUACCUGGAGACAGUAUAAGACAUGGAUUUACCACUCAUAUUGUACCAAUUGGACACGUUUGGCUAGAAGGAGAUAAUAGCGGUAAUUCUACGGAUUCACGAAUCUACGGGCCAGUACCACAAGGAUUACUUCGUGGUCGUGCAAUAUGUAAAAUAUGGCCGUUGUCCGACAUAGCACUUUUUACGAAAUUAAAAAAAAGAAUGAAAAAGGAGAGAGAGAGAGAGAGAGAGAGAGAGAGUUGUGAAAAUAAUGUGAAAUGAUUGUAGAGAUUGAAUUUAAUCGUCAAAGACAAAUUUUAAUAUCAAUGAUUUACUGAA